CUCGUUGCGUCGUCCACAAUUUAAGUAGAACCAUCUUCGUAAGCCUUCCGGUUUCUGCCCCGUAGACACGCGUUAUCUUCAACGUCAACAGGAAAGCGAAUCGAAGUGAGGAACGUGAGAGACUCGCUUUCUCAUUUGAACACGGAGCGCACCUUCGGCGUGUGAAUCGAUUCAGCGAUGAGUACCUACAGUCCAUUCAUGGCAGCUCCUUUAGAUGUCUUGGCGCAGCGACUCGAAGUCCUGGAAUGUGUCGGGUACCACUGUGUUUAUAAGUAUGGCCGAGUCAAUUCAAUGGAAAUGACUUCCGACUUUGAUCCCCCAUUCACCAGCGGCAUCACCUUUCGAGUGUUCUUCUACAGGCCAGAUGACAAGAUAUUGGCCCAGAAGCCACUUAAAGAUCCGGAAAAUUUAUUCUUAAUUGCUGGACGACUAUUUUCAUUUCCAAAUCAAAUCAUUUCGUUCCUCGACGUACCCUACCAUGAAGCUGAAAGCCAUUCUGCUUGCCGUGGCUGUUGCCGUCCUAUGGACAUCAGCAAGUGCAGCCACGUCGGUGGAGUCGAUGAAGGAGCCGCAAGCAAGAGCAAAUACAGAAGAAGGAAGAAUUGCUGAAAUUUGUUUUCACGAUAUAUGUGGGUAGUCAUCAGCCGGGACCGCACAAUACUGGCCCCAGAAGUGCGGUGCUCGUGGCCUGUUCCCUGACCAUGCUUGGUAAAUGAAGAAAAUAAAGCGUUUUAUGGAGGA